GCCACUUAAACCAAAGAUUAGACCAACAUUGCAUUUCAAGAAUACAAAAUUGUGGAUGCUGGAUGCUGAAAUCCUACAAGCUUUGCAGGGAACGGGUUUUGAGAAGAUAGCCCAAUUGACAAGCACUUGUAAAUUGAACAAGUCACUAGUAGAAGCAUUACUAUUAAAGUUCAAUAAAGAAGAAGAUGGCAUUGUUCUAAAUGAACUUACUACAAUACACAUCACAUUGGAAGAUGUGUACUUUGUAUUGGGUAUUCCAAUCGAUGGGGAAGCUAUCAUUCAUAAAAUAAAAAAUGAAGAAGAAACAAUUUUAAGGAUAUGGGGGCGUGAGAUAUCUAAUGAUGAGGACAAAAUCGGUACGUAUGCAUGGAGAGCAGCUGUUUUGGCCCAUUUAAUGUUUUCAAUAAAGAGAUGGAUAAAAGAUAGAAGGGACACUCUUUCUAGGUGCACAUUUUUGUUGGAGGUGAUUUUUUUGGAGAGGUUAUCACAGUUACCCACUAUGAUGAAUAUAAGAAAUUUUGAGCAGCAGCCACUUCCGUUUGUUUAUUGGGUGGUCAAGGCUUUUUUGGAAUAAGGAUCAUAGCAUUUCUAGGAACAGAGAUAUAAACUAUUUCACUACUUUUCUUACGAUCAGCAAGUAGAAAAUAUAAGUCUCAUAAUAUUAAAACA